GGACUGGAUGUCACCGCUGGAGCUUAUUUUGGAAGAUCAGGGGCCUUUUGCCUGGGCUGGGCUGUCCGGAACUGCUCUUACGCCUAUCCAUUUAUAAACACCCAUCGCUCCUCUUCGAAUCUAUUCGUUCAAUAAAAUCCUCUCCGAACCCGAUAUGUUCCUUCCCCUUAUAUGCCAAGAGAACAAGAAUAAUUGACCAAAACAAAAAAGAAGACCGAGAAUCAAACGUGGGCUCAUCAGCUAUAGCACUCUCCCUCAUGUGCCCUCGAUUGCUCGUCUGCUGUCGGCGGUCAGGUUCUGUUCUGUAGCAGCGACGUCCUCUAUCAGAAAGUCUCAUGCCUUCCUCUUUCAGACAAAGCCAAUGGCUUUUCUUCGCAGCAGCGUUUCCCUUAGCCGUCUACUAGCAACGGUGAUGCUCCUGAUUAUUCUAGCAGCUGAGAGGCGGGUCUGCAUCAGGAUCCCAGAACGGAUCAUUGAAACCGCAGGAGACGUACCCAACAACCAGUCCUUGAAAACAGCAGUUUUCGCUCUGGGAAGCUUUUGGAGAUCUGAAGCUGUCUUUGGGUGCUUGAAUGGGGUUGUACAGACCACUGUCGGUUACGCUGGCGGAUCCAAAAUCAACCCUGAGUACAGAAGCUUGGGUGAUCAUGCUGAGUCUGUCCAGGUUAUCUACGAUCACAGGCUGAUUAGCUUUAGGCAACUUUUGGAGAUUUUCUGGUCAAGUCAUGACUAUCGGCAAGUAUUUGGGCAAGGUCCUGAUGUAGGUAACCAAUACAGAUCUAUCAUUUUCACGAACGGAACUGAAGAGUCCAGAUUGGCUGCUGUGAGCAAAGAGAGAGAACAAACUAAGUCAAAGAGUAGCAGUGUAACUACUCAAAUCCUACCACUUGGAACAUUUUAUUCUGCUGAGCCUGAACAUCAGAAGUUUGAGCUGAAGCGUAGGCCAUUUCUUCUCCAAUUAAUUGGAAACUUGCCUGAAGAGGAACUUGAGAGGUCAAGAUUGGCUGCAAAACUGAAUGGCUAUGCUGCAGAGCUUUGUCCUCCAAAAAUUCAGAGGCAGAUUGAUGCAAAGAUCAAUGAAAUUAUUAAAAAAGGAUGGCCUAUUUUGAGAGACUUGUAGGUGGCCCAUAAUUUAGAAUUUAGACAAACAUGCAGCAUGCUCUAUCAAGUUCUCACACUUGUGCACCAUUUUAUCUGCCUGUUCAUCCCAAUCUGUAGGAUAGAGAAUCCAAUUGAGUUCAUUAUUGAGUAACCCACCAGUGUCCUAUGCCCCGUCAUCAUGUUAAGUUUAUAUCUGGUUUUUGCAGGUUUGUUGACCUCCUAUGGUGUAUAGUAUCCUCUGAUCAUUCAUUCGAAAUCUUAUGUUGUCAACUGUGAAUUUUGACCACACUUUCAUGCAUUUAGGCAAGAGCCAACUUGAUCAGUGGUCCAACUUUACAGUCUGUAAACAUAAGUUUCAUGACCAAUUGUCCAAAUUUACAGUUCUGCAAGAGAAUAUUCUCCAAAAAUUUAGUUUGUUCUUGUCUGAAUUCAUGAUCCCAUAUGUCUCCAUCUGAUGGAUAGGUAUUUUUUUUGUUCUGAGAAGGAUUGACAGUGUUCUUUUGAGGUGAGGAUUUGGAAUAUGGAGUGCAAUUAUUUCAGUUCAAGAUUGAUCUGUUCGAACAUGUCUCGUUCAACUUAAGUGUGUUUAGUCAGUAUGUGGAGCAUUAUUCAUACUUUUUCUUUUUAUUUGGUUCAGAGAUUUGAAUGGCAAAGUCUCCCCGUACUCACAUGUGACUCAUGUUUGGGGUAUAUAGGAUUUUUGCACAUUUUCUCUCCA